GGAUGAAAAUCUUGGCCAGCUGAAACCGGCAGACGCAUUUUUAGCCCAUCUCCCCCAAAACCCCCUUACAUUCACACGCCCAUUCAUCCAGCCGAACAACACUUCCGAUUCAGCUUGCGGUUUCCCGGCUAACCGGCCCCUCUGAUCGAGCCAGUUUCCGGUAUCUACCCGGCCAAAUCUAACGCCAACUCUGUCAGAUCCGAUCUGAGCACUGACCCAAAGCCUCAGGUAAAAAUGAAACAAUCAGUCUCCGUCUCCGAUUCGUUCUGCGAUUCUUGCUUCAGAGCUGGCUCUUAGCUCAAAUUUAUUCCCAAACGUCGUAUUUGCCCUCAUUUUUCUCAGUCCUUCACUCGAUUCACACCGAUUCAUCGGCCCAGCGCUGAAAACCAGUUUUCCUCGAUCAUUUUUUGUCAGAUUAAUACUCAUUCUAUCCGAAACAGCGCAGUCGCGAUCGGGGUUUCGGGCUGAGAGGUGGAGGAUCAAAGCUUCUUCUCCUUCAUCAAGUCAGAAGCGAAAAGCGGGUUUACUUAAUCUCUUCCGAAAUCAGUUGUACUGAAAAUUGCUUCUGAGUUUAAUAACUUUUUGAUUCCCACAUUCAUUGUUAGAGAAGAGAGAGGGAGAGAGAUGACGUCAGGCAGCCGGCUGCCUACAUGGAAGGAGCGGGAGAACAACAAGAGGAGAGAGAGGCGGCGACGGGCUAUUGCGGCGAAGAUCUUCUCCGGGUUGAGAAUGUACGGAAACUACAAGCUCCCUAAACACUGUGAUAACAACGAGGUCCUCAAGGCCCUCUGCAACGAGGCCGGCUGGACCGUCGAAACCGACGGCACCACCUACCGUAAGGGAUGCAAACCUGUCGAUCGCAUGGACGUGAUUGUUGGAUCUGCAGCAUCAAGCCCAUGUUCGUCUUACCAACCAAGUCCCCAUGCUUCAUACAACCCAAGCCCAGGCUCCUCUUCUUUCCCGAGCCCAGCAUCCUCUUCCUAUGCUGCUAAUCCGAAUGCUGAUGGCAGUUCGCUCAUCCCAUGGCUGAAAAAUCUCUCUUCUGCAUCACCUUCAGCCUCCGCUUCCAAGUUCCCUCAUCUCUACAUUCAUAGUGGUUCAAUUAGUGCUCCCGUUACCCCUCCAUUGAGCUCCCCACCUGCUUGUACACCCCGAUUCAGAACUGAUUGGGAUGACCAAUCUGCCCGUCCAGGUUGGGUUGGGCAGCAUUACUCAUUCCUUCCAUCUUCCACUCCACCAAGCCCUGGACGCGAAAUUGUUCCCGAUCCAGAAUGGUUUGCUGGAAUUCAAAUUCCCCAGGUUGGGCCAACUUCUCCGACAUUCAGCCUUGUCUCUUCAAAUCCAUUUGGCUUCAAGGAAGAGGCUUUAGCUGGUGGUGGAUCUCGUAUGUGGACUCCUGGACAAAGUGGGACAUGCUCUCCUGCCAUGGCUGCAGGCUAUGAUCACACUGCUGAUAUUCCUAUGUCUGAGGCAGUUUCGGACGAGUUUGCAUUUGGGAGCCACACAACAGGGCUGGUGAAGCCAUGGGAAGGAGAGAGGAUUCAUGAAGAAUGUGGAGAUGAUCUGGAGCUCACUCUUGGAAGCUCAAAGACCAGGUAAAUGAUUGCACAAGUGAAACAAUCAGCGGUUGCUUGUAUAAACUCUGAGCUGUUUAAGAAAAUGUUUUUUUUUUCCUUUCUUUUUUAAGAUCGAAGUGGCACAACAGUAGGUGUUUUUAUAUUGUUUAAUUUCAUUUCUUUUCAGAUAUUAUUUUUUUGUCAUUUAUAUAUAGGUAGUUCUUCGAAGUGCCUGGUGCUUUUACAACCCUUCAAUGUGGUGGUUCUGUGUUUAAACUGAUUCCAUUGAAAGGAUCGAUAUACAUGUAUGGAUGAGUUGCUAUU